AUGAGCAGCGCAACAAUCUCCAAAACCAAACUCCCCAAGGAUUUCUUGUGGGGUUUCGCAACAGCGAGCUUCCAGAUCGAAGGCUCCUUAGAUGCGGAUGGGCGAGGCAAGUCGAUUUGGGACGACUUUUCGCGUCAGCCGGGCAAGACACUUGACGGCGGGAACGGGGACGUCGCGACAGACUCGUACCGCCGCUGGGAGGAGGACAUAGACCUGCUUGUGUCUUACGGGGUGAAGGCGUACCGCUUCUCUAUCGCGUGGUCACGCAUUAUACCGCUCGGCGGCCGUAAUGACCCUGUGAACGAGAGCGGCAUACAGUUCUACUCCAAAAUUAUUGACACUUUGCUGGCGAAGGGGAUCACACCAUUUGUGACAAUCUACCACUGGGAUCUACCGCAAGCUCUGCAAGACAGGUACAACGGGUGGCUCAACAAGGAUGAGAUCGUACCCGACUUUGUCAACUACGCGAAAAUCUGUUUCGAACGCUUCGGCGACCGCGUGAAGUACUGGCUCACAUUCAACGAGCCCUGGUGCAUCUCCAUCCUCGGCUAUGGCCGUGGUGUAUUCGCACCGGGUCGCUCGAGUGACCGUGUACGCAGCCCCGAAGGCGACUCGGCGACUGAACCGUGGAUAGUCGGACACAGCGUGAUCUUGGCGCACGCUUAUGCCUCGAAGCUGUACCGUGAGCAGUUCAAGCAGGCGCAAGGUGGCCAGAUUGGCGUCACACUCAAUGGCGAUUGGAUGAUGCCAUAUGAUGAUACCCCAGAGAAUAUAGAAGCAGCUCAACAUGCACUGGACGUUGCAAUCGGAUGGUUUGCUGACCCGAUCUAUCUCGGGCAUUACCCGGAGUAUCUCGGCGUCAUGUUGGGCGAUCGGCUCCCGACAUUCACGCCCGAAGAGCUCACCGUUGUGAAAGGCUCCUCCGAGUUCUAUGGCAUGAAUACAUACACCACCAAUCUUUGCAAGGCUGGUGGAGAAGACGAGUUCCAGGGAAAGGUCCAAUACACAUUUACUCGGCCUGACGGGACGCAGCUCGGUACCCAAGCACAUUGCGCCUGGCUCCAAGACUAUGGGCCCGGGUUCCGCGAUCUACUUAACUAUCUCUGGAAGCGCUAUGGCAAGCCCAUCUACGUGACCGAGAACGGGUUCGCCGUCAAAGACGAGACGAGCAAGCCCAUUGAGGAGGCGUUGUCUGACAAAGACCGCGUGCACUACUUCCAGGGCACGACAUCUUCGCUGCUCGCUGCCGUGAACGAGGACGGCGUUGACAUCCGGUCCUACUUCGCGUGGAGUCUGCUUGACAACUUCGAAUGGGCGGACGGCUACACCACCCGUUUCGGGGUAACCUACGUCGACUACGACAGCCAGAAGCGCUACCCGAAGGAUUCCGCGCGCUUCAUCUGCAAGGUUGGCCCACCCCUUCUCCUCCCACUGUUUGUCCUUGCAGCUCGCUAACGUGGUCCACCCGAACAUGACAGUGGUUCAAGGAGACCGUCGAGAAGGAUGAGCCCCCCGCACCGCGGCGCAAAGGCCCGCUCGCCGCGCUGGCGGCGCGCCUGGUCAACGCUGUCAAGGCUUGAGUCUGAGCUGGGUGCCCGAUGUUGUGCGGUGAGCAGGAAGGAGCAUCUAUUAUCGAUACGGACAUUCAUAUACGGAUGUACUAUGUGUAUGUAUACACGCUACAUGUGACCGAGAGGCGUUGGGUGAUCUUCUAGUGAAGGCUCUCACAAACCUGUGUCAAAUACUAUGCGGUUU